AUGAGACUCCGUAAAGUGUUACUGACACUAACUGCUCUACUUCCAAUAGUGAUCAGUGAAUUUGUGAGAUCUACGUCUGAUUACGUACCAGUUUGUCCCCAUUACUAUAGCUACAUAGAUCUUUCGCUCAGAGAUUUAUAUUUACGGGAAAAUAAUUUCGAAUCAGUCUGGGUUCCGUCAUGGUCAGACACUCCAGAGAUCACUCAUCUUUAUAUGAAUAACAACAAACUCACGUCCACCAGUUUUUUAUCGAUAUUUCCGAAGAAACUGACUCAUUUAUAUCUCAAUAACAAUCGUCUGCGAACUUUUGCGACUGGAUCGCUGAAACGUCUCAAAGUGCUGCACGUGGAUCAUAAUCAACUGCGCUACGUAUGCGGAACAGCGUACUGUCCCCGAGGGAUAUGGCUGAGGGAUGCCAUCAAUCUGCAAGAGUUGUCAUUGUCUUCUGCUGAUCUUUCCGUAUUUGAAAAAGGCGCAAUGGAGAAUCUGACGGAUUUGAAGUACUUGGAUAUGUCGAAUAAUAAAUUAUGGAGAAUUCCUGACAGGGCUUUCAGAAAUCUGACUAGUCUCGUGGUUCUCAAAUUGGAUGACAAUGCUUUGAUAGAUAUUCCAGAUCUCCUCAAUUCGAAACAAUUGGAAGAAUUGAACUUGAGUCGCAAUGCACUUCGUGAUGUCAGUCCACAAACCUUCCGCAACUUGACAAAACUGAAACAUAUUGAUUUGUCGCGUAACAAGAUCUCUGAGAUAACACCUGGAGUCUUUCAGACGCUGUCGUCAUUGAGGACAUUGAAUCUCUCGUGGAACAAGCUCAAACAACUUCCGCAAAGUUGGUUUAUUUUGCAAAGUGACGGAGUGCUUGUUAGAAGUCCAAUGAAACUGGAGUAUCUGGAUCUAUCGAACAACCAAUUAUCGGAAAUUUCUCCACGAGCAUUCAAAAAUUUGACGAGUCUGGUGGUUCUCAAAUUGGACAGCAAUGUAUUGCCAAAUAUUCCGAAUCUAGGGAAUUUGAAAAAUUUGGAAGAAUUUAAUUUCAGUAGCAACGCACUUCGUAAUGUCAGUUACAAAACCUUCUAUAACAUGACAAAUUUGAAGCACAUUGACUUGUCGCGUAACGAGAUAGCUAAGAUAACGCAUGGAGUCUUUGAUAUGCUGGCGUCAUUAAUAAAGUUGGAUCUCUCGUCGAACAAGAUCACAAAACUUCGGCGCAAUUGGAUUACUUCCCGCAGUGACCCGGCGCCUGUCGGAUAUCCAAUCAACUUGGAGUAUCUGGAUAUAUCGAAUAACGACUUGCAAAAAAUUCCUCAGAAGGCUUUCCAAAAUCUGACGCGUCUCUUAGUUCUCAAAUUGAAUAAUAAUAUCACUGAGAUCGGACUUGACGUGAUCGAUGCCCUGCCGUCAUUAACGACGUUGGAUCUCUCGUGGAAUAAGUUCAAUAUUUGCACAAAUGCUGACAAUUUCGAAGUUGGUGAACAUUUGAAAUCGUUGAAUUUGGCUGGCAACACGCUGCCACUUGAGUUUUUGACGUCUUUUGGACACGCAACUGUGGAAACACUGAUGCUCGAUGAAGUCAUCACCAGAAAUCAGCUAUCCAAAAAUACAUCGAAGGACGGAGGCAGUGUAAACAUCUCGCAAGGAUCACACAGCACAUAUGAGCUGAAAGUUUCGCUGGUAAUUCCACAACUUAAACACCUAUAUUUACGCAAAAAUAAUUUGCAAUCAUUAAGGAUUUCGCGAUGGUCACACUCUCUUCCGGAGAUCACUCAUCUCUAUUUGAGCAGCAACAAGCUUACAUCUGCGAGUUUUUUAGCAGUGUUUCCAGAGAAACUGACUCAUUUGUAUCUUGAUGAUAAUCAGCUGCAGACGUUCAGGACUGGAUCGCUGGAAAAUCUCACGGUGCUGCACCUAGAUCAUAAUCCUUUGGACCAAGUGUGUGGAAAGACAGUUUGUCGCCAAGGGAUGAGGCUGACCGAUGCAAUCAAUCUGCAUGAGCUAUCAUUAUCUUCAGCUAAUCUGUCCAUAUUGGAGAAAGACGCGAUGGAGAAUCUGACGAGUUUGAAAUACUUGGAUAUAUCGAACAAUAAAUUAUCGAAACUUCCUAAAGGGGUCUUCAAAAAUCUGACCAGUCUCGUGAUUCUCAAAUUGGAUGGCAACGCAUUGACAGAUAUUCCGGAUCUAUGCAACUCGGCAAAAUUAGAAGAAUUUAAUUUGAGUCGCAAUGCUAUUAAUAAGAUCAUUUCGGAAACAUUUUUCAACAUGACAAAUUUAAAACACAUUGAUUUGUCGCAUAAUCAGAUCGCUGCGGUGGCAUCUCGAGCCUUCGACCUGCUGCCGUCAUUGACAACAUUGAAUAUGUCAUGGAAUCAGCUCAAAAAACUUCCGGAGUAUUGGUUCGCUCCAAAAGUGUACGGAGUGAGUAGUGAACAUCCGACGAACUUUGAAUACCUGAAUAUGUCGAAAACAGCAGUUAUGUACAACUCGAGAGUUCCAGAUGUUCUCGAAGUUCUCAAGUUGGAGAAUAAUGCAUUGGUGCAGAUUCCCGAUCUGUGCAAUUUCGAGAAGUUGGGAGAAUUAGAUUUGAGUUACAAUGCGGUUAAGAAUAUGAAGCAGCAAAGUUUCUGUAACUUGACGUAUUUGAAACACAUUAAUUUGUCUCAUAAUGAGAUGGUUGAGAUGAAUCAUGCAGCCUUCACGAUGCUGCCGUCAUUAACAACUCUGGAUGUCUCAUGGAACAAGCUUAGAACAUUUCAGUACUGGCGAUUUUCUCCAAAAAAUUGUCAAGCGCCUGUGCUAUCUAUCAGUGUCACAGGAAAUCCAUUUAACAAUAUAGAGUUAAUGAGAUAG